AUGUCUUUUCCUUUGCUUUGCCUCUUCCUACUCCUGCAAUCUAUGUUUGCAUUAGUGAAAAUAACUAAUCAGAAGUGUUUGGAGAAUGGGAAGCCCACCACGUACAUGAAGGCUGACAUAAUCCUUGGUGUGUUUAUCCCUUUUUACUUUACAAUAGAAGGACCCAAGGAAAUCCAGAUAUUUUUUGAGAAAAAAGAGAAUCCACUAUUCAAAAGCUUAAUAGAAAGAUGGAAGAACUAUCAGUAUUUGCUGACCUUAUACUUUGCCAUUGAGGAGAUCAAUAAAGAUGCCCACCUGCUUCCCAAUGUGACCUUGGGUUUCCACCUCUACAACGCUUUUGACUAUCACUACAGAACCUUAGAAGGACCUCUGAUGUGGCUGUCUGGAAGGAGUGAGUUUAUCCCUAACUACAAAUGCAAAACUCAACACAAAGUUCUUGCAAUCAUUGCAGGAGUCAGGCCUGAAUUUUCUGCUGCAAUUGGAACACUUUUAGAACUCUACAAAGUUCCACAAGUCUCAUAUGGAAUUUUUGAUUCUACACUAACUGGCAAAGAUACAUUCCCAUCCCUUUACCAGAUGUCUCCAAAAGACACAGCUCUAAUCCAAGGAGUGAUCUCUUUAUUGCUGUUCUUUGGCUGGAAGUGGGUGGGGCUCUUUGUGGCUGAUGAUCUAAAAGGUAAGGAGUUCAUCUCUAGCCUGAAAGCAGAGAUGGCAUCAGAAGAUAUCUGUGCAGCUUUUACAGUUAAACUCUCAGCUAACUGGAAGAUUCAUAUAGUGUCUGAGGUUGAGUUGCCAAAGUUAAAUCAAGAUACACAAGUAAAUGUGUAUAUACUCUAUGGUGAUAUAGAUGAUAUAUUGUUUUUCUGCUUCAUACAUGAAAUCAUAUCAAACAGAAGGAAGAUGUGGAUCAUGACAAAACCACAAUUAUUUUACUUAGAUUCUGAAUUAUAUGAGUUGAAUGAUUUUUUGGACAUUUUUGGAGGAAGCUUCUCAUUUUCAAAACAUAAAAAUAUUCCUGGCUUCAAGCACUUUAUAAAAGCACUAAUGCCCUCCCAGUACCCAGAAGAUCUUUACUUCCAUAAAUUCUGGAUUGACACUUUUUACUGCUCACCUCCUCCUUUACAUUGUGGAAAAUAUAUACCCUGCCCACCAAAUAUAUCCCUAGGGAUUAAACAAGAAGAAAAGGUUGUGAUGAUCACUUCUGAACCCAAGGUUUCCAUAUGGAAUGCAGUGUAUGCAGUUGCCCAUGCUCUCCAUAAAAUGCUUUUGAGUAAAACAGAAAUAGCACCUCACAAAGCGGCAAACAAGGACAGUCUUCUACCUUGGCAGCUUCAUCCAUUCCUGAGGAAAAUUCAAUUUACAAGCACUGAUGGAGACCAAAUAUGUUUUGAUGAGAAAAAGAAUCAUGUGGAAAAAUAUGACAUACAAAAUUUUAUGGUACAUACUAAUCAUACAUUUCUAGUUAAAGUAGGAGAGUUUGUCUCCAAGAGUCCACAAGAUCAAGGCUUGUUCAUCAAUGAAGUUAUGAUCAAAUGGCCAAGAAACUUCAAUCAGACUCCUCAAUCUGUAUGUACACAGAGUUGUGGUCCAGGUUUCUGGAAAAGUCUAGAAAAAGACAGACCUAUCUGUUGUUUUUCUUGUGUGUUUUGUCCAGAGAGACACAUUUCCAAUCAAACAGAUCAGCAGGAGUGUAUCCCUUGCCCAAUUCAAGAGUACCCAAACCCUGAGAGAAACAGCUGCUUGCCCAAGUCAGUGACAUUCCUGUCCUUUGAUGACUCUCUGGGCAUGGCUCUGGCCUGCACAGCUCUAUGCUUGUCUGUCAGCACAGCUGUAGUUUUGGGAAUCUUUCUCAAGCACCAAGACUCACCCAUAGUUAAGGCCAAUAAUCGGACUCUCAGCUUCAUCCUGCUCAUCUCCCUCCUCCUCUGCUUCCUGUGCCCAUUUCUCUUCAUUGGCCAGCCAAACACAGCCUCCUGCAUAUUGCAACAAAUUACAUUUGCUCUGGUGUUCACUCUGGCUCUUUCCACUGUUUUGACCAAAACUAUAACUGUAAUUCUGGCCUUUAGAAUCAUGACACCAGGAAAAACAAUGAGAAGGCUCUUUGUCUCAGGCAUCUAUAACUCUGUCAUCCCCAUCUGUGUCCUGAUCCAGCUUAUUCUCCUUGGACUCUGGCUGGGAACCUCGCCUCCCUAUAUUGAAGCAGAUGCACACUCUGAACAUGAUCACAUCAUCAUUUUGUGCAACAAGGGCUCAGUCACUGCUUUCUACUGUGUGCUGGCAUACUUGGGGAUCCUGGCCCUGGUGAGCUUCACUGUGGCUUUUCUGGCUAGGAACCUGCCUGACACCUUCAAUGAAGCCAAGUCCCUGACAUUCAGCAUGCUGGUGUUCUGCAGUGUCUGGGUCACCUUCCUCCCUGUCUACCACAGCACCAAGGACAGGACUAUGGUGUCUGUGGAGGUCUUCUCCAUCUUAGCAUCCACUGCAGGGCUGCUAGGGUGCAUCUUUUUCCCAAAGUGCUACAUAAUACUCCUAAGACCUGAUAAGAACUCUUUGAAGUGUUUUAAGAAUAAAACACAAUCUAGGAAAAACUGA